UUGAAGCUCUUGUUGCACAAUAGGUAUUUAUACAGUCAUAUAUAGCAUAUUGUGCCGAUAUAAACGGUUCAUUCAUUCUACACGCGUUACUGUGUUACAUUGCGUUAAACGUUACAUAUUUUAAUCUGUGCUCAGUCGGUGAACGUUGUGUGGCAUAAUAUAUUAAACUUUUUUUUAUUGUUGUGUGAAUUCAAAGUUUCCGGUUUCAACAUGAGGUGGAACUACACGUCACUUCGAUGGUACAUCAAAGGCCGGAAGCUGACUUCUCCCCACCAGCUAUCUAACUGCCAUAUCGUUAUAGAUGGAGACAGUUACUUCAAGGAAAUACUCGACAAGAGUAACGGUACCGCCGUAGGUCUCAACUGCGACACGUAUGCUGACAUCCUAACAAAAAACCUGACAGCAUUACUUGAGAACCAUGUUCACUGUUACGUCAUCUUCAAUGGCGCCGCCAAACUCGAUCUGCUAAAGCAAAAAAAAAGCCAGCAAAGAAUAAUUGACAACAGCCUUAAUGACCCCAAAUGUUCUGGACAAUUCCACCCCAAAUUAAUGAAGGACAUUCAGAAACAGGUUUUAGAUGAAAUGGGAAUAAAGUAUUUUGUAUGCGAGUAUGAAUGCACGGAAGCCGUUGUCGGCGUGGCCCGAAAGUUUAAGUUUCCAGUCUUAACAAACAGGAUUGAGUACUGUUUGCUUGGCGUCUCCUGCAUCCCAAUUGAUUCGAUGGAAAUCGAAGACAGCACCAAAAAGAUUAACUGUAGUAUUUACGAACACGAGGCCGUUAAAACAGCGAUUGGAGUUUACAAAAAAAUGCCGGUGUUACUAACAAUAUUUCAUGAAACUGGUGAUUACGUGGCGAAACUGAGUAAAGUAAUGAUGUGUGGCCCAAAUGAUGUGAUCCCGGUAAUACGUUGGGUCAAACGACAGCGUGAAGAGGUUCUCAUCGCUGCAAUAUCAAAAAGCUUACAGGAUGAUAAGGAGAAGGCCGCUUUCAUGGAGCGUUAUGAGAACAUUAAAAACUUGUAUUUGCUCCCGCCGUGUAACCUCGCGGUAAAAUAUUUCCAAAAGUCACGGCCGCAUGGCCUCUUUAGAGACGACAGAAAAUGGUUUGCGAAAGGUGUCUCAAGCGGGAGGAUAGCGAUCCCAUACAUCAAUUUGAAGAAAAAGGGCGUUAUCUGUGGAUCCUCACUUGUGAAUGACGUCAAUCAACCUGAUGCAAUACUGGCUGCUAUAGAAAUAAUCGCCUACAGUCAUUGUAUUUUAAAAAAUUCUCAAGACUCCCAUAUAACCCUUAUCGGAAGAACCGGCAACCAGUGUACUAUUAGGGAAAUUCACACGCACUUCGAUUCAAAAAUAUCCAACAGAAAUUUAUUUGAAAGUCGACGUUCUAGUAAAUUUGCAAACUUAUUGCAAAAUGAAAACUAUGUCGAGAAUUUUCUAGAAAAUGCAUUACCGGGCUAUGAACUCAAGGAAAAAUGUAAUAUAUUUUUAAAAAUGCCUGAUUCUUGGAUUUUAAUAAUGUCACUUGUUUAUUACAUCCACAAGAAAAACAAAAAUUUUGUGAAUGGCGCCUACAGUGUGCUUCUGUCGUAUUUUGUACUAGGUCACGUGUCAUAUAAGUUAGAUUCAUUAAAAUCUCAAAAUAACACAAGAGUCGAAGGCAGUAGAGAUUCGAAAAUCAUCAAUGAUUGUCAAUAUAUCUAUAACGGCUUGCAAUUUCUUUUCAAGAGUGUGGAUAGCGGGAAGCAAGACAAUAGGAUAGUUCAUAGCUUCUCCGAAUUCCUACAUUGCUUGCAGCAUCUAAAUUACUUGAAUAAAUUAUGCGGGAAUAGGUAUGUUUCUACGGUUUACCAUGACACUUACAACGCUACUUUCGUGUACAAUACAUUUUUGUUUAUAAAAGAUAAGGAACAUUUAAUGAGGUUUUUGGAGACCACAUUUGAGGGUUCAUCAGAGUUAAGUGUAUUCAAGAAUGUAGUUGAAGACUUCGAGACUUGUCUCAAUGCAGUCAGGUCUCACCAGGACUGUAAAAGUGAAAGCAAUGCAUAAAAAUUAAACCAGUUUUUUUUAGUCUUAAUUAAUUGUAAAAGUGUCAACAAUAAGUGAGGUCUUGAAUACUCAAGUGCUUAGAUAUAAGGCAAGCGUCACACCUGUCAGCUAAGAUGCGUGUUUAAUAUGUCUGUAUAUUCCGCUUAAUAAUAUGCCUAAAGAAGUACUUACCAUAAUUAUUGUUCGCAAGUACCUACUACUUAUUUCUACUAUUUAGGUAUUUAUUUUUCUCAGUGGCAAAAGUAUCAUGUUAAUUAUUAAUUAAUCUUACAUUUGUAAUGUUUAACAAGAAGAGUGUUUUAUUAUACAGAUAAUUCGAUGUAACUACGUAUGUUAUGACGUAGCUAUGUGUUUUAAUUUUAAAAUAGUGUUAUCUAUUGAAAUUACUUAGUAGCAGCAUAUAUGUUACAAAUACAAGCAGUGUUUGAGAAUCUACAUUGUCAGAAUUAAUUACAGACCCGAUAAAUGUAUCUGAUCUAAGUUCCUAAGAAAGAGUUCUUAAACAAUAAACAGCUGAAAAAUUA